CUUCCGGUAUGGACUUCCGGUAUGGAUUGGAUGUAUGGCGGCGCCCAUGUCCGCCAUCUUGACUGCAGUUGGGUCCCUCUCGACAGACUGCGUCCUCUGGUCGAGACACGAGCGGCCAGCGGGGCUGAGAGGAAGGUUUCACUGUUCAGACUUAUUGAUUAUUGGGAGAUUUAUUUCUUCAUCAAAUCAAGAUGAAGGAGUUUAUUUUGUUGCUCUCCUUCUGUCAUGCUGCAUCUCCGGUGCGUCAUUCCCUGAGGAAUUUCUUCACGGCUUCGUCUCAAGUCCCAAACUUCCCAGAGUUUGUUUUUGUUGGUUUGGUUGAUGAUGUUCAAACAAAUUACUAUGACAGCAACACACAGAGAGUGGUGCCCAAACAGGACUGGAUGGAGAAUGCCACAGCUGAUGAAGCUGGUUACUGGGACAGACAAACUCAGAUAGCUCAGGGCACCCAGCAGAUCUUCAAAGUCGGCAUUGACAUCUUGAAGGAACGCUUCAACCAAACUGGAGGUGUUCGCAUUAUCCAGUGGAUGUACGGCUGUGAAUGGGACAAUGAGACCGGACACACUGGUGGUUUUAGUCAGUAUGGUUAUGAUGGAGAAGACUUUAUAGCUUUUGACCUGAAUACAAAGACAUGGAUCGCUCCAACACCACAGGCUGUCAUCUCCAAACACAGGUGGGACAGAGAGACAGGUGGAAAUGAGGGCUGGAAGAACUACCUCACCCAGGGGUGCAUUGAUUGGCUGAAGAAGUAUUUGGACUAUGGGAGGAGCACUCUGCUGAGAACAGAGCUUCCCUCGGUGUCUCUCCUCCAGAAGACUCCCUCCUCUCCAGUGACCUGCCAUGCUUCAGGUUUCUACCCCAACAAAAUCAUGUUGUUCUGGACGAGAGACGGAGAGGUGCUUCAUGAGGACGUGGACCACGGAGAGAUCCUCCACAACCACAAUGGAACCUUCCAGAAGAGCGUUGACCUGAACGUUUCAUCAGUCAAAGCUGAAGACUGGUGGAGGUACAGCUGUGUGUUUCAGCUCUCUGGUGUCGAGGAGGACAUCGUCACCAAACUGGACCCAAAAGUGAUCAAGACCAACUGGGGUAAGACUGAGAUCGAACGUGAUGGAGUGAAGCCCAGUGACCUGACCAUCCCCAUCGUUGCUGUGGUGGCUGUUAUUGCUGUGCUCCUCAUUGCUGGCAUCGGAUUCGCAGUGUACAAGAAGAAACCAGCAAGCGUGCUGUGAGCGACGCAGGAUUGGCUGAGGCUCUCCAGUCCCUGGAUUGGCUGAUCGUUCAGGAGAAGAGCUAUAUAAUGCCCAAGAUGGAGACAGUCAGGGCAGCAGCAGGCUCUCCUUGCCAGCCAUCUCUUUGUUCUUUGCUCCAGUGUUGUGAAAGUGGUCUAUGUAUAGAGAAGUAGGGGUGAACUGCCAUUUUGGUUAAACCUUUUUUCUCCUGUGUUUGUUUAGUAGGGAGGUAUGUGUUUGUUGUUUGGUUUCUUUGUUAGAAUUAGAGUUUGUUGCUUUACAGGUAGAAUUGUUUUGUUUGUUAUAUUGGCUUUGGUUCACCCUGAAGCUACAAGUGUUUUAUUUUGUAUAUUAGUCUUUCAUUUUUAUAAAUAAACAAAAAGGACAACUUUGAGAAGUUGUCCUCCUGGCUACUUGGGACUUGAGGACUUGGGACUUGGGACUUGAGGAAGAUGGGGCCUUAUCCAUGUUGUGUCUCAGCACCCCUAGACUGGGCAUAACCCUUUGAAUUCAUGGUCUUAACUGGAUUGGAGCAAGAGUAUAACAAAGCUAAAAUCUUUACUCACAAAAAUAAGCAACCAGCACUAAGGACUGUAAGGCCAAGAGCCGCAGCAGCAGGACAACCAUUAUCGUGUUCAUGUAAGAGAGAAGUGUCCUGGGAUGCCCCCUCGACUCAGUGGAGGUGGUAGGUGAGAGGACGAUGAUGGCUAAGCUGUCAUCCAUGAUUGUGAGCGAC